AUGGACUCAGCCAAACAUGAAAUAGCUUAUGAGUUCCUCCCAUACCUCCAAGUAUACAAAGACGGCCAUGUUGAAAGGCUUCUCGGCACCGACUCCGUCCCAGCAUCCACCGAUCCUCUAACUGGUAUUUGCUCCAAAAACCUAACAAUGAUCCCCGAGACUGAUGUCUCCGCUCGCCUCUACCUACCCAACCUCACCACCACCAACAAGGACGGAGUGACCACCGAUCAAAAGCUCCCUGUCCUCCUCUACUUCCACGGCGGUGGCUUCUUGGUCUCUUCAUCCUCCAGUCCCUCCUAUCACAACUACCUCAACAAACUCGUUGCCGAGGCUCAAAUCGUGGCUGUUUCAGUGGACUACAGAAGACCACCUGAGCACCAUCUUCCAGCUGCCUAUGAAGACUCAUGGGCUACACUACGAUGGGUGGCUUCCCACCGUAACCGCGACGGAUCUGAGGAUUGGCUGAACGACCAUGCAGACUUUGACAGGGUUUUGGUGGGCGGUGAGACUUCCGGUGGUAACAUAGCUCAUAACUUGGCCAUGAUGGCCGGAGGUGGCAGGUCCGGGCUGGAAGUUGAAAUUCUUGGGUUGGCACUCGUUCAUCCUUCAUUCUGGGGUUCGGAUCAUGUCAGGUCGGAGGGGUUGAAUAUGGAUAGGAAGGCUGAGAUGGAUCGGUUUUGGCAGAUGGUGUUUCCGUCGUCACUAGAGAAUAAUGACCCGCGUGUUAACCCGGUAGCGGAGGGUGCGCCUAGCUUGGCGGGGUUGGGGUGUAGGAAGGUGCUGGUGCUUUUGGCUGAGGAGGAUUUGACGAGGGACAGAGGAUGGGUUUACUAUGAGGCGUUGGGUCGGAGCAGGUGGACGGGUGCGAUUGAGAUCCAUGAGACAGAAGGGGAAGGUCAUGCGUUUCAUAUUUAAAAUUUAGAGUGUGACAAAGCAAGAGACUUAAUCAGACAGUGAGCAGCAUUUUAUAAUCAGAAAUUAUGAUACGGUUCUGAGACCAUUCAUUCCCUCCGGUCACUAGUUAACAUGUAAACAAAAUAAAACAAAA